AUGGAGAACUCUUCGACCCCUCUCGCCGACUAUUUCUGGAUCGCCGGCGUAGAGUCGGUGUCCAUCCACGACCCCGCGUCGCAGCCAGUCGUCCCCGUCGUUCCUGUCGAGUCCACCAUCGCCGAGGAUGGCGAGCCCGAAGACGAUUUUGCCAACGGCUCCCAGGCCAAGGCCAACGCACGACACUCGCGGCACAGUUCCUCCAACCGACUCUCCAGGAUAUCUCUCACCGACCGAUUCUCGGUGCACACACUCGAGGAGAACGACGGCAACACCAAGAGCAACCGCAGCAGCGCCACUAUUCGCCCUGUGAAUCCCCCCAACUUCGGUGCCACCAAUGGAGGGGCCAAUUCCACCGGUACCCCCAGCGGUAUCCUGGGCGAGGGCCCCAUGCUCAUGGGCGACUUUGAUUUUGAUAAGGCCCUUGUCAAAUUUGCAGCCGAGCGCGAGGUCUUUCUCGAGGAUCUGACCUUCAGUGCCGGCGCAAAAGUCCAGGCUCGGGCACCGAUGGUGAACCCUAGAGCCGAGAGGAUCAAGGCGGAGGAGAGCGAUAGCGGCAGACUGAGUCCUCUCAGAAGCAUUAAGGGUAGCAUCCGCCGCAAGAUGAGUUUUAGGGACAUGAACAGCUUGCGCAAGCAGCCCAGCACCAGAGCGAGUGCAAGCCGAGCAGCCUCGAUCCGUACUGCGAAGCGUCUCAGCAACUAUAAUUCCGUGAUCCCACCGCCCGAGCCCCUCAACACCGAUCCUGAUAUGCACCCCCUCAAGCGACGGUAUGAGCCUGUUCUGCUUGACCGAUAUCCUCCCCAGGAGGCUGUAGAUGAGAUUUCCAGGCGUGGAAAGUUCCCCGACUACGUGCCGAUGUUUGCCUUUCCCAACGACAUUCAGAUUGUGUCCUCGGAUGAUCGGCCACGGUCGACAUGGCACGGCUUCACCAUGACCUCUGACGAUAACAGCAAGUUGUAUGGUAUUACCAUCAUCAUCUGGACUGCUCUGACUGCCGACGUCGCCGAGGAGGUGGAACAAAGGUGCGAGGAAUGGCGGCAGAGCCACAUGUCUGAAGAGGAGCGAGAGUUGGCGGCGAGCCUGGGAGUUCGACUGGCUGGUGAGCGGACACACCUCUCGCAGCUUCUCGCCAAGCUGCCCACGAUCCCAUCAGGCUCCCCAGCGCGUGAGAGGCUCGAAGACGAGAUUAGCACGGUGGAGGAAAAGAUCACCCUCAUGACGGAUAUGCUUCGGCCCCUGAGACACGGUGCUGCAUCCAAGAUUGAGGGCCUCACCACUGGCGAGAGCGGACUUUGGACACCUCGUGCUUACGGUAUUCUGGGACGAGACCCGGCCAACAUGUCGUUCUGGAAGGAAUGGCUCAAGGCAAUUGUCACGCCCAUGACAGACGGCGGUGUGCUGAGAAUACCCCCGAGCUCGCCCAAGGUUGGGCGCUGGCAGCCCCUGGAGCGGUACGUUGUCAACCUGUGCACCGAGGCGUUCAAUCCCCUGGGGUCCAAGACCCAGGUCGAGCUGGGUGUUCGAGAGCUACGGCUCUAUGCUCGAAAGGAGGCCGAGAACGAGCUCCCGGGCUCACGAACCAUUGAUCUCUAUGCCCUGUUCAGGUGUCUGUCGCUGGAGAACAUUGUUGCGCUGUUCGAGUACGCCAUGUCGGAAUCUCGCAUCAUCUUUCUCUCGUCUCACACGAGCAUGCUGCACCUUGCAUGCCAUGCCUUGGCUAAUCUGCUCUAUCCACUCAAGUGGUCGAGCAUCUUCAUCCCUGUUCUUCCCGCACGACUCUUGUCGGCCCUCGAGGCGCCUUGCCCCUAUAUUGUAGGCAUUGAGCGACGAUACGACAAGAUCGAGCUGCCCGAGGAUGACUAUGUUCUGGUCGACCUGGACAAGGAUACCAUCGAUGCCACCUCGCAGCCGGUCCGCCUCCCACGUCAAGCCCGCAGGAAACUCAUGUCCCUGCUGCAGGUUGCGGCGCCACACAAGCUUCGAUAUGGUGUCACGACAGGACCUCCUCCAUAUGCCAUGGAGUCAUUCCCCUACGAUGCAUUCUCCAGCGAGAACGGCGCCCUCUUCAGGUCACCAACUUCCAAGAGCACCCUGGGCAAGUGGGUGUCACAGAACUCUUCGGGCUUUGGAGAGGCGGAUCCGGCAAACGAGAUGCAGCCGCCAGUCUUCAAUGCUUUCGCUACCGCCUUGGUGGAAAAUGGUAGAUCAGACAGACCCAGCACUAGCAAGUCUGGCAAGACCAGCCCGCAGUCCUCGGUGUCUCCAGUCUCGAUGACAUUCCCUCCCAUGCCUUCAACUCCAGUGUCCCGAAGCGACUCCGGGUUUGCGCUUGCAGCCACACUCCGAGAGAAGCGAUCAGGACACUUUGGAGAAGAGAAGAUGCGACGCAGCUCGUCGUUUGGCCUGGAUAAGCACCAGCCGUUCCACAAACCGAGCCUCCCGUUCCUCAAUGGCCACCAGGCCAACCUGUCCAUCUCAGCCAUUUCUGUGGACUCCCAGACAUCGUUUGGAGGAGGUUAUGGAGGCGGAUACGGCGGCGGCGGUUAUGCUCCCUCAACCUACGCACAGUCGACGCUGGCCGCGUCAACCAUCAUGCCCAGCAUGCAGAUCCAGCCUGUGCGGAACACGGAGACAACUGUCUGGGUUGAGGGCCACUGCUUCAACUGGAUCCCCAGGGAUAACACGUCCAUCUGUACCAUCUGCAACGAGCACGCCGAAGGAGAUGGCAUCUACAUGUGCAACGCCUGCAAGACCUUUUCCCACGGCAGAUGCCUCGGCCACGUCUCCCUUGUCUGUCCGGACGCCUUCCACGCAGACCGCGUCCGGGCGGCGUUUGUCCGCUGCCAGGCGAGUCUGUUGUACACAUACCGCAAAUAUCUUGGACGGCCUUCGCGUCAGCAAAAGAGCAAUGGCCAGCUGUACGCCUUUGAUAUGGAGGGUUUCAUGAAGAGUCUCCCGUACGAGCAGCACGACUACGCAGUCAUGAUGCGAGAAACACAGUGCUUCAACGAGUUUAUUCAUGACCGAGAGAUCCACCCCGCCAAUGCAUCGGCGAUCCGUCUGUUUGACGAAAUCAUCAUGGCCAAGAGGGCCCGAGGCCGGACCGGUCUGUCGACAGGUCUCUCCCGUCUCUCCACCAUCCGUGCCUCUCACGGUGCCUCCCUGCACGCCGGCAGCUUUGCUCCUCCGAACCGCGGCGGCAAGGUGCCGCAGUUCCUUGGCGACACAUCCGACCACAUUUGGCGGACAGCCUCAGUGCCGCUGCCCAAGGGCAACUUCCCGGGCGAGUACCGAUCUGUGGUGACCCGUAUUCCCGCCCGCCUCGACCGGUCUCUCAUGCGGGAACCCCGUUCCAUCCAGGGCAUGCCUCGUGUCGAGCCACGAGGUGCCCGUGGCCUGAUCCGAAAGCAGGUUCCCAGCAUGCUUGGCACCACCCCUCCAACUUGA